CAAGCGCGGGAGUCUUGGUUUGCGUGGAGCGCCACGGUCGCUGUCUUGUUUUUCUGGGCGCGUUCGGCCUUUUGUGGUGGGAUGGCUCUCGGAGAGGAGGCAGCGGGCGGCCGCCGCAGAGGGGUUGUCGUCACCCCGGGAUGCCUGUAGGAGGGGUCCAAGGGUCCUCACGGUCUCCGUGCCUUCGUUUUCCUCCGACACGGUCGCCCUGCCUGUGGAAAGCAUGAGCUCGGCCCGGGACUCCGCUUUCGAGAAGCAGCAUCUCUGGAUGUACCUGCAGGCGCUGGGCUUGGAUCCGAGCUCCAGCAUCACGUUCGGCGGGAAGAUGGUGCCGCACGCGCACCUUGGAGAGAAUAUGUUUGACAAACUGAACCGUGAUGCCUUUCAUAUAGUUUCUUAUUUUUUGUUUAAAACAUUGGAUGAGUCUCUUGCCAAAGAAGUUUUCAGAGAUUGCUGGCCUCCAUUUGACCAAAAACUUGACAUGGAAUUCCGGAAACAUUGCUGUGAAUGGUUAAAAGAGAUUUCUGCUGAAUGUGGAAUUAGUUUUCCUCAAGUUGUUGGCUCAUUGCUUAUGUCUCCUGGUGGCCCUAAGUUUAUUCAUCUGAUGUAUCAUUUUGCAAGAUAUGUUGCAAUUAAAUAUAUUAAAACAAAAUCUAACAAUUCUCUACAUUUUGCAGAAACAUUUAAUGUAAAGCCACAAGAUAUGCACAAGUGCCUUGCCAGAAGCCAUGUAGCACGUAACAGAUUUUUACAGAUUUUGCAAAGAGAACAUUAUGUUAUGCAAAAAUACCAGGAAAAUGCACAUCUGUCUGUCAAGCAAAUACGAAAUGCAAGAUCAGAAUGCAUGAGUCUACAGAACCAAAUUAAAAGAAUGGAGCCAUAUGAUGACAAGAGUAAUAUACAAGAGAAGAUUCAAAAGGUUCGGUCUUUGUGGGCUUCGGUGAAUGAGACACUCGUGGUUGUGGAAAAGGAGAGAGACGUUAUUAGUUCGCUCUUUGGCUUUGUCAACCAGUAUGUUUUGGAUGGAGCUAAUGUUGCUGUUAAUAUUCCAAGGCUCUUACUUGACAGACUUGAGGAGCAGAUAUGUCAGUUGCAGAUAGGAAAUGUUUAUGAGGCUGGAAAAUUGAACCUCUUAACAAUUAUUCAGUUGUUAAAUGAAGUCUUGAAAAUAAUGAAAUACGAACACUCUAAGGCUGGCCAAGCAAGAUUGACAGUAGACCUCCACUACCUUGAAAAAGAAACCAAAUUUCAGAGGGAAAGAUUAUCAUAUAUGAAGCAUAUGAGGCAUAAAGUAAAAGAGACCGUCACUGCAGUAAGACAGUCUAUUGUUGACAAGGAGGGAAAGUGGCAUAUGAAGUGGAAAGGCUUUCUUGGCGUGUCUCCUUCCAGACUAAUUAAAGACGGGCCUGCAGCUGUAGAUCUUUUGCCUCCCAUGUCUCCUCUUUCGUUCGAUCCUGUGUCAGAGGAAGUAUAUGCAAAGAGUAUACUUUUUAAGUAUCCUGCUUCACUUCCAGAUUCACAUAAAGAACCUAAGCAAGAAAGUGGUAGCAGAAGAGAAGUGGAUACCCCAGGAAGUGUGUGUGAUGGAGCUAACAGCCCUAUGCCUUUCCCCUUACAGUGUGCUGCGUCUUCCGAUACAAACAGCUUUACACUCUUUGAGAAGGAUCCAAAUAUGAGGACUCCCAUAGAGAAAACCUUGACUUAUAAGAAAAUAGCAGACUCUGAAGUGGAAGACUUUCCUCUAUCAGAUACUGCAAAGAAUGCACAAAGUAGUGUUUCUAGAGGGUCUCUGCCGGCGAAGAAGAGUGAUCCAUUCCAGAAAGAGCAAGAUCGUCUGGUAGAUGAGGUUGCCAGAGUAGUUCUGUCUGAUUCACCACAGCUCUCUGAGGGAAAAGAAGUUGAAUUGGAAGAGCUAAUUGACACUUUAAUUUCUAAUCCCUUCUUAACCAGGAAACAAAUUCCCCGGACUCCAGAAAACUUGAUAACUGAUAUUAGGAGCUCAUGGAGAAAAGCUGUUGAAACCGAAGAUAACAGAAGCUCAUAUGGGAUUCUAGUGGAUGCCAAAGAUAGAGAAGUGUCGUCAGAGUCUUCAUCUACACUGCAUAAUCAGAGGGAAUUUAGCCUAGCUAUUUUUUCCCCAGAUUUUGAUCGGUCUUAUUUUCCUGAAGAGAGAGCUAUUCCAGAUCAGCUUAAAGGUGUACCUCAGAAACAUCUGGUAACAAGUCAGAUCAGUGAACCCCCAACAGAAGAUGUGUCAGAUUUGGUAAAUAAGAAAAUGACUUGUAAGCAAGAUUUAGAAUGUGCAACCAUCAGGCUUUCAGAAACUAGUCAAAUGGAGACAUUCUCCCCUGUUGUGGGCAGUGGAAUAGAUGUGAUGGGUAGAAGUAAAGAGGACUGUGUUCCAGUACCAGUACCGGACCACUCACAAGCUUCUUGCAGUGAGCCUUCCACACAUAAAACUCUGUUAUGGGAUUCUUUUCAGAGGUUGAGUGGCAUUGGUAUAUUACAUGAAACUCUUCCAGAAGAAGUUGGUCGCCUAAGUCUUAAUAGUUCUGCUAGUUCAGAGACCAGUUUUAAACUGGAACCAAAGAGUUAUGUGCACAGUGAUGCUUUUCUAGAUGAUGUGGGAAAAGGACAAGCUAUUCCAGAAUUAGAUUCCAAUUUACAGGCUCUUCUCACUAGUUAUGAUGCUCUGAAGAAAUCUCUUCGCAAAAUCAGGGAAGAAUCUCACCUGUCCAAUCCCAAGAUACUUGAACAACACAAAGUAGAACUGAGCCCUGUAGCCAAAGCUGUGCAAACAGAUGAUGCACACACUGUUUGGGACAUUAUUGACUGCGCAGAGCCAUCUUCCCAUGUGUCACUUGAUGAAAAAACACAGACUUUAUCACCUCUAACUAAAGCUUUUCUGGUGGAACAAAAAUUGAAGACCACAUUACCAUGUAGCCUUGGGGAAUUUCUGCCUAAUUUAAAUGAAGAAGAAAUCUCAAGUAAGAGCCUUGAAGCAAGAGACUCUCUGAUUUGACAAGAUGAAGCAUUUUCAAGUUGAUUUAGCUGUGAUGCACUUACCCUGAAGUCUUGUCACUGAACUGCAGCUGAUAUUCAUAUAUUGGAAGUGAAUUCUCUUUUCAGCAUCAAAGGAGUUCAGAAUGUACUUGGCUUUGGCUUCUUAUAAUGUG